CAUGUCCAACUAUAACUUAACGGAGCCAAAGACCAAAUGUGUACCAAAGAAAAAAUUGCCAAUACCCCAUUUAUAGGAUGGCCCAUUGCUAACGAGGACAUGCUCUAUCCUCUUGAGUCUUGACAGCCAAGUCUUAUGAUUAUCAACUUCUGAAAUUUGGAUUUGGUGAAAUGGAGGGGCUUCCAUUGCAUACACUGUUUCACUUUCCUCCAGUUCUCCAAUCUCCCAGCAGUAAGAGAUGGAGAGAUGCUAUGACUAUGGAUUUUUAUGGUCAAUUUGCUCCACUAACAGUGAAAAGCUUGCCAAGAAGAGGGCUUUUGAAGGCUAUUGGAUUCAAUACCGUCCUAUCAUGUGUCAGUCCUGUUUUUGCUGCUCCAAUGCCAGAGGUGAAGGAACCUCAAGUUUUCGGUAAAAUGUUUUCUCAUAUGAGAUUUUGCUUGGGAUUUGAAGUGUACAGGACACUGAAGCUUGAUAGUGGGGUGAGGAUUCAAGAUAUUAUUGAAGGAGAAGGUCAAAAAGCUCAAGAAGGAGAUCUUGUUGAAGUAAAUUAUGUAUGCCGCCGCUCAAAUGGAUAUUUUGUCCACAGCACGGUGGAUCAAUUCAGUGGAGAAAGCUCACCUGUCAUACUUCCUUUGGAUGAGAAUCAGAUUAUCAAGGGCUUGAAGGAGGUUCUAAUUGGCAUGAAGGUUGGAGGGAAGAGAAGAGCAUUGAUUCCACCUUCUGUAGGGUACAUAAAUGAAAACUUGAAGCCAGUCCCUGAAGAGUUUGGUCCUCGUCGAAGCCUUUUCUCUCAUGCAAAUGAGCCUUUAAUAUUUGAGGUGCAGCUCUUAAAAGUCCUAUGAGUUUUUCUUUGUUAUACAUACCUUGUAAUGAAAUUAGAAUUAUUUUUAUUUUUAUAUCUUUAUUCAAUUGGAGUUCUCAUUCUUGUGAA